CUUCAGAAGAUGGCAGACCUGCCCACAGAUAGGUUAGACCCAGCAGCACCUUUCACAUACUGUGGAGUGGAUUAUUUCGGCCAUUUCUUCGUAAAGGAGGGUAGAAAGGAGCUAAAACGAUGGGGCGUCCUUUUCACCUGCAUGGCAUCGAGAGCAAUUCAUAUCGAGGUUGCCCACUCCAUGGACACGAGUAGUUUCCUGAAUGCCUACCGUAGAUUUGUCUGUAAGAGGGGUCCUGUGAGGGUUUGUAGAUGUGACCAAGGUUCAAAUAUGAUAGGGGGUAAGAACGAGUUGCAACAGGCUGUCGCGGAGAUGAAUCAUGACAAAAUCCGUUCCGAGCUUGGCAAGGACAACUGUGAUUGGGUGGUUAUCGCACCGAACAAGGUGGCUGAGGCUUCACACUUUGGAGGAGUUUGGGAACGAAUGAUCAAGUCCACCAGAGAUGUCCUGUCUGCCAUCUUGCUGCAGAAUCCUGGCCCACUCGAUGAUGAGUUGUUGACUACCUUCCUGGCAGAGGCAGAGGCAGUAGUGAACAGUCGUCCUAUCACCUACGUUGAUUCUAAGAGCGGAGAGUCCGUAGAGCCUCUUAGUCCCAGUCAGUUGCUGACCUUGAAAUCUGCUGUCGUGGCGCCUCCACCAGGGAAAUUUGUGAAAGAGGACGUAUAUUCGAGGAAACGUUGGAGGAGGGUGCAGUAUUUGGCAGACCAGUUCUGGUCCAGGUGGAGAUCGGAGGUCCUGCCCCUGCUCCAAGAGAGACCAAAGUGGGAAAAGGUUCACAGAAAUCUGAAGGUGGAUGAUGUUGUCAUUGUAGUAGACAGCGAUUUGCCUAGAAAUCACUGGCCAUUGGCCCGGAUAUCGCGAGUAUACCCCAGCGAAGAUGGACUUGUCCGUAAGGUCCAGGUCACCCUUGGUAAAAGCCAAACUACACUGGAACGGCCCAUCGGGAAAGUUGUUUUGUUGAUUGCCCGGGAAGUCCCGAACGGGGAGCCUUCUGAGGAUUAGAGACCUGACACCUGAUAUUAGGCCCUGGUGCCAUGUCCUUUUCUUAGCUGGCGCCUCGGUCCGGACUGUUUCCCUAAAGACAUUUUGCAUACUAGUAUAAGUUGCAUUUGACCAUUUGAAGGCAUUUGAGAAUAGUCAAGGUUUGACUAACAAGUAUUUUGAAUGUUUCGAGUAUUUGGUAAAGACACAGUACUUGAGUACAUGUGGAUUGUAUUUUUUGUGUAUUUUCGAACUUGCACAUUGCAUAUUCGUAUUUUCUGUAUUUUUAGACUUGCAUUUUCUUUGCCUACCAGGCAAAUGUUUUGAAGUUCCAAGUUGAACCGCUGUAUUUGGAUUUGAAAGAUUAGUGGAUAAGGUUAAAAUCUGCUAAAAAAAAAAAAAAGAAAAAGAAAAUAACUUGUGAGUGAAAUGCUCCUAUGACUUUCUAUGAAAAAACACUGACGUUGCCAGUUUUUGGGUGAAGUUGGUGAAAUUUAGUUGUUGCAAUGUAAGACAUGCGAAUUAGGUUUAAUCUCUUGAGUGAUUAGUGUUUAUUUGUCUUUGGGACAAAGGUUUGCUAAGACCAUGUAAAGAAUCAAGUUUGAUUCCAUUUUGUUUGUGUACUUAGUUACUUGUAUUACACUGUAUGUGAAAAUGAUAAAGAAUCGGUCUAGAGAUCAGAUUUUUAAAGCUGAACUGUCUUUCUAAUGAGACUUUGUCAGAACUUAAAGUUGAACUGUAUUGGUUUUUGGUAUCUCAACCCUGUUGAGUGUCUCACUUUUGGAAGUUGAUUUUUGGUAAAUUGCCCUGUUAUGUGGUCAAUUUAGGGGAGCCAUGUGGGUGCGCGCAUGCCUUUGAAUUUUCCCGCCUCCAAACUUUUGAGCUGAAGCGCGGCGAUAUGGGAUGUUUUGGAUGCGUACGCAGCCCCAUGUGUUUCCGCCUAAAACUAUACAAUGAUUUUGUGAAGAAUCCGUGGAUUUUUGUCUUGUAAACUUUGAAUUUCUCGAGGACUGAGGGUGUAUAGAGUUUUACGUAGUGCACGUAGUGAUGAUUAGUAGUAAUAAAGACGAAAUUAAGAAGAUUGAACGUUAUGACUUGAUUUCUGCACUACAGACGCCA